CCCCCUGCCGUGCCCGGCCGCGUCCGGAGAGCCGCCGAGCCCGGGCCCGCCGCCGCCACCGCCACCGCCUCCCCGAACAGCGUGGCCGGCCCUGCCGAGGCCGCCGACACCAAGUCCUACUUGUGGGCCAGAUACCACGAGAUGAAGAAGCUGGUCUACGAUCUCCUUCCACCAGGGGUCUGCAAUCUCCUUAACCCUGCAGCUAUCUAUGCAAAUAAUGAAAUCAGCCUGGGAGACGUUGAGAUCUAUGGCUUUGAUUAUGAUUAUACAUUAGCACAAUAUUCUAAUUUAUUACACUCGAUGAUUUUCAACACUGCCAGAGACAUCUUAAUUGAACAGUACAAGUAUCCAGAAGGGCUUGGGAAAUAUGACUACAUUCCAGGAUUUGCCAUACGAGGACUUCACUAUGAUGUAAAAAAGAGCCUUCUGAUGAAGAUUGAUGCUUUCCACUAUGUCCAGUUGGGCACUGCAUAUAGGGGGCUAAGACCUGUGCCUGAUGAAGAGGUUAUUGAGUUGUAUGGGGGUACACAACACAUCCCUCUGUACCAGAUGAGUGACUUCUAUGGCAAGGGUCCUUCAUUGAAACAAUUCAUGGACAUCUUCUCUCUUCCUGAAAUGACACUGUUAUCUUCUGUUAUUGAUUAUUUCCUAGCUCAUGGCAUUGAGUUUGACCAGAUUCAUCUUUACAAGGAUAUAUCUGAUGCCAUUAAAGAUGUUCAUGUAAAAGGAAUGAUGUACCAGUGGAUUGAGAAGGACAUGGAAAAGUACAUUCUCCAUGGAGAUGAAACUUAUGCCGUACUAAACCGACUGGUUAAUCAUAACAAGAAGCUUUUCCUCAUCACGAACAGCCCGUUUAGCUUUGUAGAUAAAGGAAUGAAACACAUGGUUGGCAAGAAUUGGCGGGACCUCUUUGACAUGGUCAUUGUGCAAGCUGAUAAACCCAACUUCUUCACUGAUAGACGCAACCACUUGGAACACAACACACAUUACAGCUGA